AUGGCUUCCGCUUCAACAGAAGCAUCACUAUCCUCGUUAUCAGCAGCAUCGGUAGCUGCGGAACCAGCCGUAGCUCAAAAGUCGUUUUCGAACGCAGAAGAAACCCCCGCGGUGGUGGCCACAUCUGCGCCUAACAACCCGCGCACGCUCGCCGUCGCGACAGCGCCGUCCCCCGCGCGAACCUUUGAUUCAGAUCUUCCGGCGAACCUUCGCGAAGGAGCUGCGGUAACCCGGAAAAGCUUUCCGAACGGGGAUAAAUACGUGGGCGAAUGGGCGGGAGGAGCACCGCACGGCACCGGAAGAUACUCCUGGGUGGAUGGAAGCGUGUACGAAGGGGAAUGGGACAGGGGACGGAAGCACGGCCAAGGAUGGUUCGAACUCCCUGACGGCACCCGUUACGAAGGGGAAUGGAAGGACGGCGCUCUACAGGGCGUGGGUAGCCACUGGGCUCCUGACGGAGCAUUUUAUACCGGGAACUGGGCCGCUGGGGUGAAGCAUGGACUUGGUAGAAAGCAUUACACUAACGGAGAUGUUUAUGAGGGGUUCUGGAGCCGAGGGGUCCCGGACGGUCCUGGUCGGUACAAAUGGAGCAACGGGAAUGAGUAUUUCGGGGAGUGGGAAGGCGGGAAGAUGAGCGGGUACGGAACGCUUUCGUGGGCGAAUGGGGAUAGCUACGAGGGGGAGUGGGAGGAGGGGCUUGAACACGGCGCGGGGACGUUUAAGUGGGCCGACGGAAGCUGCUUCGAAGGGACGUGGAGCAGAGGACUGAAGGACGGCAAAGGGUUGUUCUUCCCGAGCGGAUAUGAGGAGGGAGGGGACGAGGAGGAGUGGGUGGAGGAGGAGGGAGGCGGGGGAGGGGAUGAGGAGAAGGGGGAACCAAGGGUUGUGGGGGAAGCGGAUGGUGCUGCCUCUGAUAAAGAGACUGUCGGUCGUGCUGGUAGUGGUGACGGGGUUACUGCAGGUGCAGUGGGGUCUGCAGGAGCUGCGGGCGCUGCUGCUGGCGGUGGCGGUGCUGGCGCAGGAGGCGGAAAGAGAGGGGGGCGGACGCUUGGCCGCGGACUGACGAUGAGCCGGGGGCUUUCGAUUGGUUGGAAGCCGGCGGAUCAGAAGAAACCGACUCCGCAGCAGCAGCAGCAACAGCAAGAGGCGGAUGGAGGGGUAGCGACGACAGGGGAUGGAGGGGUGCCAGGCGUAGAAGGAGCAGGAAGAGGUGGGAAUGGGAAGAGAAUUUCAGCUGGACCGGGGGACAAGGCAGCAGGAGACGGGCUCAGUAUUGACACUGCCGCAGCAGCAACAACAGCUGUAGGUAAUAACGAUAAGCGUCCCAGCACCAGCGGCUCCAUCCCCACUCCUAGAGGGGGUAACAAGGCAAUUCGCCCCAGCAGCAGCGCGGGCAUACUCAGCACUACCCCUUCUGGCACUGGGCCGAAGAAAUUUAACCGGAGCGUGUCUGUGAUUGGUGGAGGGCGGGCGGGGGCUGGGCGGGACUGGAAAAAGAAGGAAGCGCUGGAACGGCAGUGGGCUGAGUGUGAGUUAAAACUAGGUAAGUCGGAGACUGUUCCCGGACCUGCGCCGCUGUCUAGGGGCGCUAGGGGUAUGGUAGGGGGUAGACUGUGGGAGAGUUGCAAGGAGCGGGGGAGGAGUGUGGGGGACGGAUGGGAGGAGAAGGUGGGGAGGAUUGCGGAGGAGGCUGCUGAGGUGGCGGGAACGGGGGCGGGGGAGAGGGGGGAGGAGGAGGUGGGGAAGGGAGGGGCGGAAGGGGAGGGUGAGUCCGCAGGUGUGAGUGUAGCGGGUGUGACAGACGAGGGGAUGGCGGUAGAAACUGUGGUUGUAGACAGUGAGAGUGACGGUGGUGUGACUGAUGGUAGUGGGGCUGCUGCUGCUGCGGGCGCAACAGCAGAGGCAGUCAGGGAAGCAGAGCAGAAGAUGGAGGGGCAGGUAACAGGCAAAGAGAAGAGAGCGAAGCAGGGGGGGGACGAGGCAACUGCUGCUGCUCCCAAGCUAUGGAGAAUGUGGAGCAAGGAGAAGGAGACGGACAGGGAUGCCCCUCAGCAGCAGCCGUCGCCACAGCAGCCGCAGCAGCAGCAGCAGCAGGGAGAGCAAGGAAAGAAGGGGCGGCGCUGGUCCCUUCGCUCCUCCAAAUCAGCCGCAACAGCAAAGCCUUCCGCCCCGUCCCUCAACCUCCCCCACGCGUCCUCUGAGGGAAACCUUGUCAGCAGAGGCACUGGCGCCGCCGGCAACAGCAGCAGCAUUGACAGUGCUGCUGCUGCUGGUGCUGCUGCGUCUCCUUCUGGUCGUCGUCAGAACAGGCCGUCUUCAAAAGCAGCCCCUGCGAAGCUGACUCGCGUGUUCACCAUGGGCCCUGUGCCUGCUAGGGAGAACAGUGGCCGGGUUGACAGUGCGGUUCAGAGCGGUGGCGGGUUAGCGGGAUGGGUGCGUGGGUCGUCCGUGGGUUCGGCGAAUGGGGACGAGGGGGAUGAGGGGCGGGCGAGCACAGAAGGGGGGGAUCAUGGGGGGAACACUGCUGGGGGGGAUUCUGCAGACAGGCACACAAGCUCGUCGCAUGUCCCAACACAACAGCAAAGCGGGUGUGGGCUAUGCCUUUGCCUCUCGCAUUGGCCUGCACACGGAAGUUGCACGGGCGGCCCUACCAACACUGCCAUCACAAGCAUCCCUUUCCCGUUCUCUUGCCACGCUUCCCUCCUCCCUCCCUUCUCCCCAUUCUUCCCAGCCCAAGAGAGUGAGGCCGGCCCCGAUUCUGCUCUUGACUCGCUGCGUUCAAGCGCCAUGUUCUCAUCAGGCCGCAAGCAGAGGCAGCGUGGGCGGUACAGCAAGGUGGUGACAGUGAGGGAGUACGUGCAGGGGGUGCUGGUGGCAGAGAUCCCAAGGUCCAAGCUGCAGCACGACCUUGUGAGGCGGCGUGGGCCGACGCGCAGGGCGGGGAGGAAGGCGGGCGAGCUGAUCUACAAGGGGCACCGCAGCUACGACCUCAUGACGGCCAUUCAGCUGGGGCUCAGGCACUCCACAGGGCGGGCAACACCUCCCCCAGUUGUCCCUUCCUCAGAAGCUCCCUCCACAGCUGCUCCUGCCUCAGCCGCACCUGCAUCAAGCGCACCUCCCUCAGUUACACCUGCAUCAACUGCUGCACCUGCCCCAGCUGCACCUGCCCCAGCUGCACCUGCCCCAGCCGCACCAGCUGCAUCAGCGGAGCUGCCUCCAGAGGACUUUGUCGCGGCAGACAGGAUGUGGUUCCCUCCGGAAGGCUCCUCCUGCACUCCACCCCAUAACACGCUGCCUUUCACGUGGCGCGACUACGCUCCCAAGGCCUUCAGACAGGAUGUGGUUCCCUCCAGAGGGCUCCUCCUGCACGCCGCCCCACAACACACUGCCCUUCACCUGGCGUGA